CUCUCAAUAGUAUCGCUGUCCGUCAGCUCCACACGAUGGCCAAUGUUCUCAGACAGCAGCCUCUCAAGAAGGACCGGUACAGCACAGCAGCUACCCAGCAUGCAGCAGGAGCUGGGGCUCCACACCAGGUCCUCAGGUGCUGCCCUCCAUCAAGUCUGCACUGUGAACUACUUCUGCCGCCCUGUUCUUUUGUCUCCCCUGACAAUCAAACCGUCCCAUCCCGGGUCCAAGCUUCUUACUCUAACUGAAUACACCUCACGCCUCACUGGCCACCAUGUCCUUCAAUGGUUCAUCUCCUCACAACAAUAAUCACAUGCAUACAGAGAUCCAGCUGGCCUCCAGAAGCAGGAUGAACAAUAGUCAUCUGCAGAGCAACAAUCACAGAAGAGAUAAUGGAGUCAAAGCUGAAGCCUCCUCAGGUCAGUCAAACCCCAUUAAGGCUUCCAGGACUCACAACGAGCUUCACAAAGAACUGCUCCUGGCCCACAAGAAGGGUCUCGCACUUAGCAGCAGGUCAGAACUUCAGCAGGUGCUGGAGAGGAGGAAGAGGGUCCAAAGUGACCAGGAAGAGGAGGGACAGGGCAGGACUCCUCUGGAAGAUGUGCUACUUAGACGUCAGCAGAAACAACUUGAGAGGGAGAAGGAACAGGAGGAGAAGGUACGAGAGGAGGCCCAGUUGAUGGAGUUUGUUAGAGUCCGACAGAACCUGAGAAAGAUCCAUUCAGCCAUCCAGAGCCAGGCUGCAAACUCCUUAAGUACAACAGAAGAACAAUUUUUAAAAUGAACUCAUAAUUUAAAACCUACUGCCCUUCACUUCAAGUAAUGAGGUGCAUGCUGAAAGAUAAUUAGUAUUAUAGUUCAAUGAUAGAGAUUUUUUUUAAAUAGACACAAAUUCACAGAUACUUAUUUAAGCAGUAUUCUUUUAUAGCAAUGUGUAAAUUUAAUCUGCAUGUUUAUAGCCAAUACAACAUAUCACUAUAUCCUGACAGCAGUACAUGAGGCAGAUAAUCUGUGAAAUAAUCAGGUUCCUCUGGCUCCUCCUAGUGCACCUAAUGGCAUUUGCAAGAAUCUACUGAGCCUGAAUGAAAAUCAGAUCAGAGCUCAAAAUGAUUCCUGGACAGAUUAUCUGUCUCAUGUACUACUGUCAGGAAAUUGAGAAAAUUUCAGCAAAUAUGACAAAAAGGUAUUUUUAUAUAAGGUUACCUACUGCAGCUUUAACCAAUUGGGCAGUUCAGGGUUAGGGUUAAGGUUACUGUGGGCAAAUGAAAACCAAGAAAAAUAUAAUGCUGCAGCAGGCACAGGUUUGGAGAUGUGACCAUGCUGACCAGAACAGUGCAGAAGAAAGAGGUAAUUUAGGGACUGAAGAUUUGGAGAAACAUAAACCAAAUGGAGACUGAUGCCCUGGCUGUUUGUUUGCAGUGCACUGGGAGAAAUGUAUUCUAAUUGGAGGAGUUCUGCACAGGUUAAAAAACUGUUUUCCUGCUGUAUCUGUAUAUUUGUUAAGAAAGUGAAUUGUCCUAGUUUGAUCCAUUCAUACUUUUUAUCAUUUAUCAGAGAAAUGAGCUUUGUUGGAAGUAGAUAUUUUCUCCAUAAAUCUCCCCUUUCUACUGAAUGCCUGCUUUGAUAAUCCAUUAAACAUCAACGGUUAAAAAGUAACUCAUACUCUAAGUACUUUUUGAGAAGAAUACUUUGAAACAAUUACCCACAUUGGUUUGGUUGAAAAAAAAAAAACGUAAAAGUACAAAGACUGUGGAAAGACGUUUUGGUGAGUUUUAUUUUUUUUUCUGUUGCAUUGUUUUGGCUUGAGAUGCUGGUGCUCUGGUGAAAUCCAGUGGUUAUUUCAUACAGUGCAUCUGGGAAGUAUUCACAGUGCUUUUUUUUAUUAAAAAUAAAAAACGAAAAAUUCACAUGUA